AGAUCAGCUCGAUUCACUAUCUCGGGAAAUCGAUUUUGAGUUAAAAAGCUAAACCGUGCCGAGGGAUUAAGCCCCGACAAGUGGAGUGGCGUGGUGGCAACAGUUCACCUCUCAUGAGAGGAGUAGGAUUCGACUUCUCAAAAUUGGGACCAGAGGCUUGAUGGUUCCGUGAUCUUGUAACUUUAGAAAGGUAGAUCGCGAAAAACUUGAAUCCCUGCACGUACAGGGACAAGUAUCGAGUUUUGAACGAGGACCUUUCUACAAUUAGGUGAUAUUCAGAUGGUGAACGGUUCGGUUUCGCAGCGGCUCUCGACCCAAUCUCACUUUGCGGGCAAGAAUCGCAAGAUGACCCGUAACCCAUGCGGGGUCGCCGACUAGACUCGCGCGAAGUGUGCCGACAAAUCGAAAAGGGUGGGAAAAUUUCGGGUUAAUCUCCUAAGCUUUGGGAGGAAUAGCUUAGCCGUCUUAACAGAACUUGCACUUUCAUUGCUCUUUAUAAAAGGCUUUGUGCAAACCAAAGGGGUAAACUUUAGGUGGGAAUUUCAUUUGGGAAGUUUGAGGUUCCAAAGGCUUCUUCACCCACAAAGGUUAAAGACAAAGUGGGAUUUCCUUUUCCCAAGGAAACAUCUGCCGCUCGUGUACUUCUUGGCUUCGUGAAGAUGGUCGGUGAAGAUCGGUGCUUCUGCUGGGAAGAGCGUUGGAAAGUUCGUAGCUUUUAGGGUGAGAUGAGGGGGACAAGAAGAGCUCGAAGAAGAUCAUUUGCUUCGUUAUCUCUCAGCUCUACUCUGCCGUGAAAGAGAGCUGUACAUAAUUUGCAAGCCGACGGCGGAGGAACCCUCGAAUCAAAGCACACGAAGAAGAAGAAGAACAAGAACAAGAAGGAGAGAUGCUGUUCCAGGUGGGUGGGCAGGGGACGCGUCCCACCUUCUUCGAGAUGGCGGCUGCCCAGCAACUCCCGGCCAGCCUCCGCGCCGCUCUCACCUACUCCAUCGGCAAUUUUCAAUGGCGAAGGGCGGCCAUGAGAUUGUCCCGUGGUUUUCUUGCUCUUUCGUUUACGUGGUUUGAGUGUUAUUUAGGUACUUGCCUUAAGAAGACCUUUCCUUCACAAAGUGUUGGACUAUGAAGAUGAGUUCUUUGCACUGCUGAUGCUGGUUCUCGAAAGUCAUAGCUUGCGAACUACAGAUGCUUCAUUUUCCGAAUCUUUAUACGGGCUACGAAGGAGAGCAGUGAAGAUAAAAGCACAGAAGGAUGAUGCUCUUUUGAACUCAGGAGAUAGAUUGCAUCAUUCUGGGUUAGAAAAGCGCCAGAAAGUCCUAUCUGUUGCAUUUCUGGUGGUCUUGCCAUACUUUAAAUCAAAAUUGCAUUCCAUAUACAACAAAGAAAGGGAAGCCAGACUUCAAGCAAGUUUAUGGGGUCAUGGAGAAGAUAGUUUGGAUAAUUUGGACUACAUCACUGGAGGAGAGGAUGUCGUCGUCUCAACAGGAACUUCGAAUGCAGAUCGAUCAAUCAGAAUACACUUGAUGAAGAGGAUUCAGAAAAUAGUAGGUGCUUGCUACCCAUGGAUACACGCUAGCUGUGAAGGAUUGUCGUUCGCCUAUCAAAUGUUGUAUCUAUUGGAUGCCACUGGCUUCUAUUCUCAUGGCUUGCAUGCACUUAAUAUUCAAGUUUGUCGAGCUACUGGGCAAGAGCUGAUGGAUACUUCAUCAAGAAUUUCGAAGAUACGAAAUCAAGAACGCGAGAGACUUCGUGGUCCUCCGUGGUUGAAGGCAGUGCAAGGUGCCUUGCUCUCCUGUACGUAUACGGUGCUUGACUAUGCACAGACUGGAUUAAUUGCGGCUGUCUUCUUCUUUAAGAUGAUGGAGUGGUGGUACCAAUCUGCUGAGGAGAGAAUGUCAGCUCCAACUGUGUACCCUCCACCACCACCACCUCCACCUCCAAAGGUUGCAAAAGAAGGGAUUCCACUGCCACCAGACAAAACAUUAUGCCCUUUGUGCUCCCAGAAGCGUGCAAAUCCAUCUGCAGUUACUGUCUCAGGGUUUGUCUUCUGCUAUGCAUGCAUUUUCAAGUAUGUUUCACAGUAUAAGCGCUGUCCAGUCACAUUGAUGCCUGCAACAGUUGACCACAUAAGGCGGCUCUUCCAUGACAUGUAGGAUACUCAUGCUCUGGAGAUGAUCAUUUUUCUGAACAUGGCCAGAAACCAUGGUCGAAUGAAAGAAACAAUAUGCUGCCAUUGAACCAAAGACCGCCAUUGUGGUGUUUGGAGCAAAGGUGUGGUCUGACUGUGUUUGAUUACCUGAUCUCUGUCAGCCCAUGAGCUGUGACUGAGAUAUAUGUCAAGCUUUCUUUCACAUCUCGUGACUUCAUUACAUACCCACACCAUGGUGAGUACGAGCGUAAGUAUCUUUCGGCAUUACUCAAGCCCAGUCACUUGCCUCACAUGUUCUUUCCUUGGCUAAAAUAGAAAAAGUGAUGCGACCAUAGUUUGUACACAUCUUUGAGUUUGUCUCAUGUCUUAGACGAUAUCAACAUUGUUCAUUUUUAGAUUAAUAAAGGCAUCAAUGCUCGAGGGCUUGUCCUGUGAAAACACAUUCUUUUUAUUAACCAUGAAGAUGAAAAUGACGCACUCUCCUUCACUCUUUUGGACUGCCUAUGAAGUCAUCACUUUCAAGAUAUGUUGUUCUAUUUUUCUGAACUUCUGUAUUGCACAUCACUAUCCAGGCUGAGUUGUGAGUUGGCUUAUAGAAUUGGGACAUCCUAGUGGAACUACGGAAGUUUCUCUCUGGGUCUCUGGGCUUUUCAAUGAAAUUGUUCGUCUACACCUCGGUAGGCUGAGUAAUUGAGUCGAUGUUGAAUUGUUAGAAAGAAGCCGAAAGGGGAUUCAGAAGGAGAAAUCAGGUUGUUAAAGGCGAACUCAGAAAAGGGAAUGAUGCCGCUCGCUAGAAUGUCCAAACAUUGCUGAAUUUGACUUUUGUUUCGAUCUCGAGUUCACUCCAUAUGGUUCAUGUUCAUGUUCCUGAUCCA